GCGCGGCUGGAGGAGAGCAGGCGAGGAGACCCGGGUGCUGCUGGCUCCAAGCUCCUGGCUGGGACCCUGGGGUCCAGGCACGGCAGGGGGACCGUGGGCUUGACCCCUUCCAGGCUCAGCUGGAGCACACAGAGAGCAGAGAGCUUUGCUUCCCCACAGGAGAAAAGGGAAGGGGAAAGAGGUUUUUAGAUGCUCCUCCUCUGCCUGCCUGGAUAAGAGAAAUUCCUACAAAAUUAUCCUUGGUGACGUGUGUCCUCCAGGCAAAUCCCUGUGGCUGGUCUCUGAAAGCUGCCCACUCCCAAGGCAUCGUGCCUGUUCAUCCCACCUGCACGGGGAGUAAAGCUGAGGUUACACCUUGCACGUGGUCAUCUCCCCUCUUGGACGCAGCCUGUGCUCUGAGGGAUGCUGCCGGGGAGGAACCAGCUCCUUGGCCAUGCUGAGCGGGUUUGAAAGGCUGUGGAGUGCCAGCAAAGGAAAGCGUCAAAGAUGCUGAAGGCAACGCUACAGCAGCCCUGCCUGCAAACCCAACCUGGCUGCCCCACAGCCAGCGAGGCUGUGCAAAACCCAUGUGUCUGCAGGACAGCCGAGGGGGACCCUGAGGGGGACACCAGCUGUUGGCAGGAGAGGGGGAACAGAGUGGGGCAGAGGUGCUGUCAGCUCCGGGAUGCUCCUGCCCCCGAGCCAGUCAAGCAGGAGGGAUGGAUGGGGCUGCUGGGAGGGAAGGCAAGCAGGACCUGCGGGAAGGAGCCUGGGGGGCUCAAUGGGGAUGCGCCGGGUCCCACAUUGGAUGGUGGCAGCCCGGCUUCGGUGGCUGAACCCUCAGCACCCACAGAAGACCCUGGGUCUGCCCCAGAUCUGCCCCCUGCAGCAGCCAGCCCUGUGGCCAACCCCAACCAGGAGUGGAAAGUGGUGAAGAUCCAACGGGUCCUCAUCAACCCUGCCGGCGAGCCGAGGAAAAUGGGUCUCUCCCGCAGUGCCAGCCUCUCUGAGAAGGAGCUGAAGGAGGCGAAGGCGCGGAGCCGGAGGAUUGCGGCGCAGCUCACCACGGCGCCUGGCCCCAGCUCCAAGGGCGUCCUGCUCUUCAACCGUCGCAAGCAGCGCGUUGACGGGCUUGCUGGGGCUGGGCAUGGCGGGGGACUGCCACUGAGCCCCACUCCCUGGCCUCGGCAAGCAGUCAUGGAAGGGGGCGAGGGGCAGGGGACAAAGCUGGAGUCCAGCCAGCCCGGCACCACGGGAGAGCUGCGGGCGAACACGUCCCCGUUCCAGGAGCCACCUGCCGAAGUCCAGCAGGUCCCGCUUAGCAUCUACCUGAAGGAGAACAUGGCAUCGUCUGCCACCAAUGGCGUGCAAGAGCGAGCUUCUGGUGGGAUGGAGAACGGGGCUGGUGGGCUUAGGGAUGCGGGAGCCCCUGUGAGGCCGAGCAUGGUGGCUCUUGCCCUGCCGCAGAACCCCGAGGAGGGGAAGAAUGGCGAGGUGCCUGGUGAGGUGCCCAGCGCACCAGCGGGGACGGCCACGGGGGCGGCAUCCCCAGCCAGCCCCGAGCAAAAUGGGGCGCAGGGCCGGCAGUACUUUGAAGUCCAUCUCACCUUGGCCAAGCCCAAGCCUGUGAAGAACCGGACAGCCAGACCCUUCGGCACUCAGGUGUCCCCUGCCAGUGGCCAGCCCGCAGAGGGACCUCCCACUGCUGAGCUGCCCCCGCCACCCACCUAUGUGGAGACCUUGAGCAGCCCCCCACCGCUCACCCGUGUCCGCUCACCCCCCGCCUACUCAGCCCUGUAUCCUCCCCGGGAGCAGAAGAUGCUGCCAGGUCCCACCCUGAGCUGUGGGGUGAGCGGCCCGAACCCCCUGCCCAAAACAGGGAUCCUGGAGGAGUCAGCUGCCCGGAGAGCCAGCAAAAAGUCCAUGUUCACCUUUGUCGAAAAGCCAAAGCUGGGCCCCAACCCCGAUCUGCUGGACCUGGUCCAGAGCGUGGACAGCAGGAAGAAGCAGAAGGAGCAGGGGGAGGCCGGUGCCGAGGAUGAGCCCUUUGCCCUUGGGGCUGAAGCUGCCAACUUUGUCCCCAGCAGCGCAGCCAGGGGUGGACAGCACCUCCCGCCUGCUGAUGAUGCUCCAGCAUGGUCCUCCUGCCUCAAGUCCCCCACCAUCCAGCCCAAGCCGAAGCCGCAGCCCAGCCACAACCUCAGUGAAGCGAGAGGGAAGGGGGCUGAGCUCUUUGCCCGUCGGCAGUCCAGGAUGGAGAAAUUCAUCAUCGAGGCUCCCUCGCAGCCUGAGCUGCUGCGGUCCCCAUCGCCCACCAUGUCCCUGCCUCCCUCCUGGAAAUAUGAUGCCAAUGCUUGCCUGUCGCCCAUGGUCUCCAGACACCCCUCCAAGAGUCCCUCCAGGUCCUCCAACACCCCCCCGGCAUCUUUGUACGGCAGCAAACUGGUAGAGAAUGAGGUCUCCCAGAAGGAGCUAGAGAUCUCCAAGCACCAGCCCUACCAGCUCCAGUCUUCACUCUUCAUCCUCUCCCCAUCCAAGGGACCAGCGAGGUCCAUGCCCCGGGAGAUGCCUCCACCCAGACCCUCUCUUCCUGAUGCCUAUCCCUACUCCCAGCAAACCUCCUGCCUGACCUCACCAUUGCCUCCUUCCCCUGUUUGGCAUCCCCCUGCUGUGCCCAGUGCUGGCCAGACCACCUCCAGCCCCUUCCUUGGCACUGCUGGGGUGCUGCCCCUGACUCAUGGCAGCCAUGCUGGUCCCGGAGCCCCGACUGAUGUGCUGCUGGCCUCCCCAUCCCGCCUGCUGCCGCCCCGAGUGAAGGGGGGCUUCCAGGCGCCACGGCCCUCCUACUCCACCAGGAACGCCGGCAUCGAGCCGCAGGAAAGGCGGCUGUCCCUCCCCGCCUCGCCCACCUGGACGCCCCGGCUGGCGCGGUGUCCGGGCAGCCUGGAUGGCUGGGCCAGCCCAGCCUCGGUGCCCGAGCUGGAUGAGGGACCCCCCACGUCCCCUCCAUGGAGCGAGAGGUCCCUGUCCCCGCUGCGGCAGGACGCCGACCCCCGGGCCAGCCGGCAGAUGCAAGCGCGGCUCGCCAGGAACAUCAUCAAUGCUGCCCGGAGGAAGAGCUCCUCUCCCAAAGCUGUGGGGCCGGAGGGCUCCCGCCCCUUCACCCCCAUCCCCGCCGGCCCCCCAAGCCUGCCCCAGUCUCCCCGGCCGGCAUGGCUGGAGAGCACCAGAGCCCCGGCGCCACAGGCUGCCGGCAGCAUGCCGGGGAGCCUGGGCAGCCCCUUGCCCAUGCACAAGAGCCCCCUGCGAUCACCUCGGGCAGACGGCCCCCAAUUUUGUGCCUCCCCCGGGAUGCCCCGAGCCAUCUGGGCAGAAGGUCGCCGGCUCCUGCUGCCACCUAGUGUGUCCUCCUGCCUCGUCCCCGGGCUGUCCCCCAGCCCCAAGAGCCCCCUGCCAUCCCCCGUGGUGGGCGGGCGGUCCCCAGCCAAGCGCUGCACUUCCCGGUCCCCGACGGACUCGGACGUCUCCCUCGACUCCGAAGACUCGGGGGCGAAAAGCCCGGGCAUUCACAGUUUCAACCUCUGCCCCCGGGGCUGGACCGGCAGUCUGCGGCUGAAGCCAGGGGGGCUGCCCUCGGGGGCCCCCUGCACCUCCUAGACAAGCCAGCCCCGGCCAGGCCACCCUCUCCCCGGUCCCGCCAACCCGGGCAAUGCCACCCGCUGGGAACACUCCAACACUUGGGGCUGAGUUCCCCAAAAACCGGCGUCCCUGCUCCAUGGCAGAGCUGUUGCAGCCCCUCGGCAUGCCGGUGGGGUCAGGUGCCUCCCGCCUGCCCGCCAUCCCAUGGCCCUGCUCUAUUUUUACCACCCUAACCUUUCGGGGCAGGACUGCAUGGUCAGCAGGCGGAGCGGGCAGUGGGGGGGGAGCCAGACCCUGGCACGGCCCCCUCCCUCCGCAGCCCUGCACCACGGAGCAGGGAUUGGGGUGGGCUCAGUGGUCCCCUGCGAGUCCCCUGUCCCCAGCACCAGGGUGUCACAAAGCCCAGCACCCCACAGCUCUGCUUUCCUGGGUGGCACAGCCAGUGCCGCUGCCCGUGGGGUCACGGCACACCCAGCAUGGGUGGGCAGUGCAGAGUGGGUGCCAUGACCAGAACAACCUCUCCCAGCUUCUCCCAGCCUCCAGAUCUGGCUAGUUUCAAUUGAAACCAGAUCCGGGGGAGGAAAAGAUAAUUUUUUUAUUCCAGCUCCCAGCCCCCUAGUUCUUCACUGUUGUGUUUUUUUUAAACUUUUGACCCCUUCUCAAAGAAGUUCCCCAAAUCCUUCCCCAGUGACCAAAAAGAGAGCCAAAGUUAUUUAUUGCCAUGUCAAGGAUACCAUUUAUAGGUACCCUUCCAGCUUGCCCAGGCAAAGUGGGACAGUCCCAUCCUGUACCCUGUCCCAUCCCCAUCCCCAACCUCACCCCAUCCCUGUCCCCACCCCUGCAGGACGGAGGGACACAGAGGGGACUAGCAGGUGAUGCAGCAGCCAGGGUGGGUGGGAUGCGGUGGGGGGACCGUGGGGGUCAGAAGGAAGUGAUACAGGUUGCAGAAAGUUUGAAGGAGGUGUCGGUGCAGGAGGCGAUGCUGAGAGUGUCUCGGGGACGAGCCAGUGUUCCCGUGGGGAGCCCUGCAGGGGGCUGGGAGCUGGCAGGCAGAGGCCCUCUGUGGGCAGCAGUGUCAGAGGGAGGCUCAGGGAGGAGAGGUGAUGGGAAAGGGAGUGCCUCAGUGUGGACACAGUUACGUGUCAGUUACGUGACAGAGCCUGGGGAGAGCAUUGGGUGCCCAGGAGGGCACUUGUCCCCACCCAGGGGUGGACAGGAGCCAGUUGGGGUGCCAGGAGAUGUUACAGCAGUGACCGCAGCCACCCACCCAGGGGACACAGCCUUGGUGCUGUUAAGACCAGCACUGAGAAAGGAAGAUGCAUUUGGGCUGCCAGGGCUCUAGCAUGUUCCCCUUUUGGGGAGCCCCUGUCCCUUUCCCUGGGACAUGCUGUCGCAGCCAGCCCAUCCCUGUCCCUGCCCUCUGGGGUCCCCUUGUCCUGCAGCCUGCCCUUUCCAGGACAUAGCCCCCCCUCACUCCACCAGCCACCACGACCUGCCUUCGCCACACAGUUGUAUACCCAGCUGAGAAAUAAACUGCUGUUAUCCCA